AUGUCGGCCGCCCAUGUCAAGCGGCCCGCAACAGUCAUGGAGGGGAAGGAGAACCUCCCUUCCAAGCGCCCUGCCCCAGAAGUGGGCCCAGAGGUCCCCGCCCCUGUCCCGGACUUCUUUGAUGUGACGGACGACGGGCCAGAGGUGGUGGAGGAGAUCGAGGAGGGUGCCCUCGGCGAGGCCGGCAGGAACUGGCCACGCCCACCAGCCGCUCCACUGGAUGCCAGCAGGGACAAACUUGUGUUCCAGCAGCUGGAGCUGGAUUACACCUCUGGGCCCCCCAACAAGCGGUUUUACAAUGCGCAGCUGCGGGAGGUCCCCAUCAUCCGCAUGUUUGGAGUCACAGAGCUCGGGAACAGCGUGUGCCUCUUUGUGCACGGCUUCGAGCCCUACUUUUACAUCGAGUCGCCGAGACCCACCUUCAGCCCCGACGACUGCCGAGCGCUUGUCGAGAUGUUCAACAACUUGCUGGCGACGAAGGACCGCAGCGGGAAUGCGCAGUGCUGCCUGCGCAUUGAGGUGGUGCAGAAGCAGAGCAUGAUGUACUAUCAGCCUGCAAAGUCUCGGGCUUUCCUGAAAGUGGUCAUGGCCCUGCCUGGCCUGGUUGCUCCCGCCCGAGGCCUGGUAGAAGGCGGCCUGUGGCUGGAGUGGCUGGCCUGCCGCCUGCCGCAGACCACCUACGAGUCCAACGUGCUCUACGCCCUGCGCUUCAUGGUGGACACCGGCAUCGUGGGCGGGAACUGGGUGGAGCUGCCCGCGGGCAAGUACGUGCUCACCCCGGGCCCCUCCCAGCUCUCGCACUGCCAGCUGGAGGCGCACAUCGCCGCCGCCGACCUCGUCAGCCACGCGCCCGAGGGCGCGUGGGCCAAGCUCGCGCCCUUCCGCAUCCUGUCGGUGGACAUCGAGUGCCAGGGACGCAAGGGCCACUUCCCGGAGGCUCAGCACGACCCCGUCAUCCAGAUUGCGUCUCUGGUGACAGAGAUGGGCAAGGCCACGCCCGCGGUGCGCAACGUCAUGACCCUGCGUGACUGCUCCCCCAUCGCCGGUGCCGAGGUGAUGUCCUUUGAGGACGAGAAGGACCUGCUGAUGCGCUGGCGCGACCUGAUCAUCGAGACCGACCCCGACGUCAUCAUCGGGUACAACAUCAUCGGCUUCGACCUGCCCUACCUGCUGGACCGCGCCACCGCCCUGGGAGUGCCGCAGUUCUGGGCGUGGGGCAAGCUGCGCAACCGCUCCAAGGCCUACGGCACGCACGAGUACAAGGAGGUGGGUAUCGAGGGGCGAGUGCAGUUCGACCUGCUCCAAGCCAUCCGCCGGGACCACAACCUCAGCUCCUACUCCCUGAAUUCGGGCGAGUGCAUGACUGGGUUGGAUUGUUUGUGGAUGUCUGCCCACUUCCUGGGGGAGCAGAAGGAGGACGUGCACCACUCCGACAUCAGCAAGCUGCAGGACGGGAACAGCGAGACACGGCGCCGUCUCGCCAUCUACUGCCUCAAGGUGCCCCGCGAGGGUGUGGUCGUGUUGGGUGAAGGGGACGCAUACCUGCCCCAGCGGCUGCUGGACAAGCUGAUGUGUAUGUACAACUACAUCGAGAUGGCUCGCGUGACGGGCGUGCCCAUGUCCUUCCUCCUGGCACGCGGCCAGUCCAUCAAGGUCUUCUCCCAGAUCCUGCGCAAGACCCGGGCCAGGGGGCUACUGAGGGGCGGCCAGGGGGAGGACGGCGUGGCGUACGAGGGUGCCACGGUACUGGAGCCAAAAGCUGGGUACUACGCGACUCCGGUGGCCACGCUGGACUUUGCCAGCCUGUAUCCCAGCAUCAUGAUGGCGCACAACCUGUGCUACACCACGCUGCUGCCGCGGGGCGCGCACGCUUCGUUCCCGGCGACGGGGGAGGGCGCGCGCGCCGUGGAGUCGCCCAGCGGCGAGCGCUUCGUCAAGCCCGAGCUGCAGGCGGGGGUGCUGCCGGAGAUCCUGCGCGAGCUCCUGUCCGCCAGGAAAAGGGCUCGUGCCGACAUGGCCUCGGCCACCGACCCCUUCCUCAAGGCAGUGUUCAAUGGCCGUCAGCUGGCACUCAAGAUCUCCGCAAACUCGGUGUACGGCUUCACGGGCGCCACCGUGGGCGCCCUGCCCUGCCUCGAGAUCUCCUCCUCGGUCACCUCCUUUGGCAGGGCCAUGAUCGAGGCCACAAAGCAAAAGGUGAUGUCGACCUUCAACAAGGCCAGCGGGUAUCCAGCGGACGCCGACGUCAUCUAUGGCGACACCGACUCGGUCAUGGUCAACUUUGGCGUGCCGGACACGGCCACCGCCAUGGCUCUCGGCCAGGAGGCCGCGGAUCUGGUGUCCAAGACCUUUGUGCAGCCCAUCAAGCUGGAAUUCGAGAAGGUGUACAACCCCUACCUGCUGAUCAGCAAGAAGCGGUAUGCGGGCCUGCUGUGGACCCGGGCCGAGGCCUGGGACAAGAUCGACACCAAGGGCAUCGAGACGGUUCGCCGCGAUAACUGCCUGCUGGUGCGCAAUGUGAUCACCACCUGCCUGGACAUGAUCCUGGUGCAGCGCAGUCCGGAAAGGGCGGCGGAGUACGUCAAGGGCGUCAUCGCCGACCUGCUCAUGAACAAGCUGGACCUGAGCUUGCUGGUGGUGUCCAAGGGCCUGACCCAGGACGCGGCCGACUACGAGACCAAGGCCGCGCACGUGGAGCUGGCGAAGAAAAUGAAGAAGCGCGACCCGGCGACGGCCCCCGCCAUGGGCGACCGCGUGCCCUACGUCAUCAUCAAGGCGGCGCGAGGGGCCAAGGCUUACGAGAAGGCGGAGGACCCGCUGUACGUGCUGCGCAACAACCUGCCCAUCGACUCGCAGCACUACCUGGACCACUACCUGGCCCAGCCGCUGAUGCGCCUGUUCGAACCCAUCCUGCGGAACCCGCGCGACCUGCUCUGCGGCGCCCACACUCGCGCCAUCCUGGUGUCCACCCCCAGCUCAGGAUCGGGGGGGAUCAUGCGAUUUGCGCAGAAGAAGGUCACCUGCCUGGGCUGCAAGGCCGCGCUGGGGCCUGGGGAGAAGACGGUGUGCAAGCACUGCCAGCCCAAGGAGGGCGAGGUGUACUGCAAGACGGUGGCGGCGGUGAACGACCUGGAGACGCAGUUUGCCGCGCUGUGGACGCAGUGCCAGCGGUGCCAGGGGUCGCUGCACCAGGAUGUUCUCUGCCGCUCCCGCGACUGCCCCAUCUUCUACCGCCGCAUGAAGGUGCAGAAGGAGGUAGGGGAGGCCGCGGCCUCCCUGGCCAGGUUUGACGAGUGGUGA